AUCUCCAGUACAAUGUUGAAUAGAAGCUGUGAUGGGGGUAUCCUGAUCUUGUUCCUGAUUUUAAAGGGAAUGCUUUCAAAGUUUCACAAGUGGCUGUACCAUUUUACAUCCCUACCAGCAAUGUAUGGAGUGAUCCAGUUUCUCUGCAUCCUCGCCAGCAUUUGGUGUUAUCAGUGUUUUUCAUUUUAGCCAUUCUGAAUAUGGUUUCUAGUUUUAGGGUUUCUGAACUACAAGUAUUACUAGGCUUUGCUGGACGGAAUAAAAGUGGACGCAAGCAUGACCUCCUGAUGAGGGCGCUGCAUUUAUUGAAGAGCGGCUGCAGCCCUGCGGUUCAGAUUAAAAUCCGAGAAUUGUAUAGACGCCGAUAUCCACGAACUCUUGAAGGACUUUCUGAUUUAUCCACAAUCAAAUCAUCGGUUUUCAGUUUGGAUGGUAGCUCAUCACCUGUAGAACCUGACUUGGCCGUGGCUGGAAUCCACUCUUUGCCUUCCACUUCAGUUACACCUCACUCACCAUCCUCUCCUGUUGGUUCUGUGCUGCUUCAAGAUACUAAGCCCACAUUUGAGAUGCAGCAGCCAUCUCCCCCAAUUCCUCCUGUCCAUCCUGAUGUGCAGUUAAAAAAUCUGCCCUUUUAUGAUGUCCUUGAUGUUCUCAUCAAGCCCACAAGUUUAGUUCAAAGCAGUAUUCAGCGAUUUCAAGAGAAGUUUUUUAUUUUUGCUUUGACACCUCAACAAGUUAGAGAGAUAUGCAUAUCCAGGGAUUUUUUGCCAGGUGGUAGGAGAGAUUAUACAGUCCAAGUUCAGUUGAGACUUUGCCUGGCAGAGACAAGUUGCCCUCAAGAAGAUAACUAUCCAAAUAGUCUAUGUAUAAAAGUAAAUGGGAAGCUAUUUCCUUUGCCUGGCUACGCACCACCGCCUAAAAAUGGGAUUGAACAGAAGCGCCCUGGACGCCCCUUGAAUAUUACAUCUUUAGUUAGGUUAUCUUCAGCUGUGCCAAACCAAAUAUCCAUUUCUUGGGCAUCAGAAAUUGGGAAGAAUUACUCCAUGUCUGUAUAUCUUGUACGGCAGCUUACAUCAGCCAUGUUAUUACAGAGAUUAAAAAUGAAAGGUAUUAGAAACCCUGAUCAUUCCAGAGCACUAAUUAAAGAAAAACUUACUGCAGAUCCUGAUAGUGAAAUUGCUACAACUAGCCUUCGGGUAUCCUUGAUGUGCCCUUUAGGAAAAAUGAGACUGACAAUCCCAUGCCGUGCAGUGACUUGUACACAUCUGCAGUGUUUUGAUGCUGCCCUUUAUCUACAAAUGAAUGAGAAGAAGCCCACCUGGAUUUGUCCUGUGUGUGACAAAAAAGCUGCCUAUGAAAGUCUAAUAUUAGAUGGGCUUUUUAUGGAAAUUCUCAAUGACUGUUCUGAUGUGGAUGAGAUCAAAUUCCAGGAAGAUGGUUCUUGGUGUCCAAUGAGACCGAAGAAAGAAGCUAUGAAAGUAUCCAGCCAACCGUGUACAAAAAUAGAAAGUUCAAGCGUCCUCAGUAAGCCUUGUUCAGUGACUGUAGCCAGUGAGGCAAGCAAGAAGAAAGUAGAUGUUAUUGAUCUUACAAUAGAAAGCUCUUCUGAUGAAGAAGAAGACCCUCCUGCCAAAAGGAAAUGCAUCUUUAUGUCAGAAACACAAAGCAGCCCAACCAAAGGGGUUCUCAUGUAUCAGCCAUCUUCUGUAAGGGUGCCCAGUGUGACUUCGGUUGAUCCUGCUGCUAUUCCGCCUUCAUUAACAGACUACUCAGUACCAUUCCACCACACGCCAAUAUCAAGCAUGUCAUCAGAUUUGCCAGGUUUGGAUUUUCUUUCCCUUAUUCCAGUUGAUCCCCAGGAUAUCACUGAGACCUCCUGUUUUGCUAAAGUCAGUGCAGUCGUUUCUCACAUAAAAUAUUUUAUACAGAUACAAUGCUUUUGGCUCAUCUGUCUUCACUCCUCUGUUAAUAUUAGAGUAGUACACUCAGGUUUGUACUUGUUUGGAUCAGUGAUGGGAUCAGUAACCAGGAUUGUAAGGGAACUUGUGAAAUAUGAGCACUAGGAAAGGGGUGUUAAACAGGCAUCACGAGAAUAUUAGAUCUUCUUUAACAUUUAUUGCAAAACUUUGUGAUUACCUGAGAUAAUUUUCUGUCCUGAGGAUCCUGUGAUAGUUAGCUACCAUCUAGUCUGUGUUUUAGAAUGAAUGUUGUCAUUCUGAUGACACAGGUAUUUUAUGUUUAUGUACAAAGGAGUCCAAUGCCAUCAUUCAGCUGGUCAGCCUUAACCUUCAUAAAGGGUCUGUUUGAUACUUAAUUCACACCGGGAAAGGCUAACAAAUACUUUUUAAAAUGUUAUUAAGCAAAAAUGCCAGUGUAAGCUCAACAGUUCUUUCGAAAUUGACACCCAACUAAAUACAGUUAGGGAGCAAAUUCUUUUUGAGAUUAAGUAUGAGUUGUCAUUGGAGGGCCAAUAUUUAGUAUUAAAUGACUUCAGUUAUUGUUGACAUUAUACUUUUACCUUUGUAUGCAGUCAGCAAACAAGUUCCACAAGUUCAGAGAGAAUCAAGAAUAUAUGCUGCAUUCUCUAAAUAAUGUAAAAUAGCUGAAUUCAUGCCACCUUCCACCCAAAGAUGUGAAGUUUUGAGCAAUUUUUAAAUCCCAGCGGGAUUUAAAUAUGUGAAUAUUGCUUAUGCAUAUCUAAUAAUUUCUAGUCUCUUUAUUUAAAAUCAAGUAGCCUCUUCCUCAUUGGCAUCAUUGUUUGUUUCAAGCAGUACUGUCCUCCUAUGUUUUUGGAUAGUCUCACCUCACCCUUAACAGCAAGCAGUACGUCUGUCACCACCACCAGCUCCCAUGAAAGCAGUACUCAUGUUAGUUCAUCCAGCAGCAGGAGUGAGACAGGGGUCAUAACCAGCAGUGGAAGUAACAUUCCUGACAUCAUCUCAUUGGACUAAAGGAGGACUCACUUGAUUCUGGGAAUCAUUCAUCAGAACUGCUUUUUCUUGGAUCUCUAAUCUGUGGAAACUAUUUUUUUUUUAAACAAUUUGGUAUUUAUUGAAAGUCAGAUGGAUUCUUUUGCUUUCUGAGAGGUGAACACAGAAGACUGCAACAAGAACCAAAUGACAUGCAAGGAUUUUGCUUAAUUAUGCUGUACUCUCAGCAUCAGAUACAUUCAGCCAUAACUGUAACUUCCUGAGAGAUGGAUUUCACUUUCAUACAUUAAUGGAUGGAGUCUACAAAUCAAUGAAAAAAGUUUUUGUUAAAGAGCAAUAAAAUUAUGUAAAUAUUCAAGUAACCUUUUUUCUAAUUAAAAAAAAUUGUAAUCAGUGAUUCUAGAAUGACAGCAACUUCUGUUUAACCUACGUGAAGGAAAAAAAAUGGAAAGAAAUUAAUGUUUGCUGAAGGAGUCCUUUCCAUGGAGAUUUGUUCUGUUUCAUUGAAGUAAUGAAGUUUCAGUACGUGGCCAAAGCUUGGAUUCCACUCUUCGUCCUGCAGUUCCACUUUUCUUCAUGAUCCCAUCAAAGAAAAACGGCCUUUAUGUUACUUGGCUUUUUUCCUGCUUAUCAUUUACACUUUGACGUUGUUUGCUAAUGAAUGCUGUGUGAAGUUCUGGGAUUUGGCUACUCUUCAUUGGAGAUUAUGUUUAAGAGCACUAUGCAGAUUCUGCCCUUGACAUAAUGUGUGUUAUUAUGUUUUUAGUAAUUGUACAUUCUUCAUUCUAGAGUUUUCUAUAAAUUUGAGGCUUGUCUUCUCAAACAAGAAACCCUAUGCAGCCAUUGAAUGAAAUGUCUUUGGGGUACGGUGUGACUGAAAUGUUUGUUAGAAAUUUGUUCACACUAUCAAAUAUUGAUAUCUUGGAGCCAGCAGAAGAGCAAAUUUUGGGAGGUGGUAAUAACAAAAUUUAAUUUCUUCCCAAGAACUUAAUUUUCUCAUUUAUUUUACAGAAUAGUAGUGAAAUACUUGAUGAAACUUUGUAUUUUGGUAGCACUGACAUAGAAAAUGUGUUUUAGAUUUAUGAUGAUCAUAUUUCUCACCAAUGUAAUUUCAGUCUCAGCAGUGAUUUUCAAACUUAGAAAAAGGGACAGCAUCAGAUUUUUUUUUUCCUUUUUUAAAAACGAAAUCUUACCUGAAACUACAAAAGACAAAUGAGAAUUAUAAAUGUUUGAAUUAAAGUGAAGAAGCGUUGGGGAUGAUGGGCCUGAACCCACUUCCUGUCUCAAUCCAUGCUACCCCAAACACUUCAGGGAAUCUCUGAGGUUGUAUUGGGUGCACUUUGAAAAUUUUCUUAUGUAAUGUGUUGGUUUGAUUUUAAAUCACACAGAAAACUGGAUUUUACUCUUAGAGAAACAUUUUCAUCCAAGUUUUAUAGUUUGCUUCAUUUGACUUCCUAAAUCAUUUUUGACUUCACAAGGAUUUAGUACUUUUCUGUUUAGCUUUCUCUCUCUAAGGUUUACCUUAAAAACGAAGUCCUUGUUUUAAUGGCCAAUCCAACCAAUUGAUUUCUCAAACUGAAGUGCCCAGGUGAGGACUCAUCAAUUUCAGUUAGAAUAGGGGCGUACUGCUUAAGAGUUGGUUCAGCUCCAAGGAGCUUACUUGUCCUUGCUUGGGUUUUGUUUUUCUUGUUUUUUUGUUUGUUUGUUUGUUUUAGUUUUGUUUUAACCUUCUCAAGUUUCCAUGGUCUUUGUGUAUUCUUUUUAUGUUGAUUUAAUUUCAUGUGGUUUCCCAUAUCAUCCCUUCUUUGGCUACAUCGUCUCCUUAUUCAAGGGAUUAUCCCUUUGUGGGGGCUGCUUAUUUUAAAGAUGUGGGGGGAAAAACCCGAAUCUACGAGCAGUAGUUGCACAUAGUUGCCAGUUUUACUUUCUUAGUCAUUAGAUUUCCAACCCACGUUGUAGUUUUUUGGUCCAGAUAUAAUAUUUCUUUCUCAUAAAGUUUUAUGUUGCUGCUCUAAAUACAGAUGCAAUUUUUAUUGACUCUGUAAUCAGAUAGAAAAAAUUUAACUUGAUUUGUGUGGCAUAAUUAAUAAAGAAAUGAUGUAUAUUUGUUAUUUUGUUACCCUUUAGAUUGUCAGAGACUCCCCAAUUUAAUCAACAAAGUUUUAUAAAGUAAAUGAAAAUAUUAACAGAAAUUAGUUUAUUUACUUGGUUCUUAUAACUGAUACCUCUGUGCUUUUGUAAUUGUGAUUUUUUUUUUUUCUGUUUUCUGUGAACAGUUUUAAUGUUCAGUUUGGUGUUUUACACUGAAAUUACAUAUAAAUUUUUAAUUUAUUUCAUACAGGCAAUUUGCAUUUUAAAAAAUACACUUUGAAGUUUAUCAUCUUGAAGUUGGGGCUUACAUUGUGUAUCUGUCUUUGAGCAUUAGUACUUUAUGAUUUUGGCCUUAUGGCAGCAUCAUGAUUACUGAGCCAUCAGACUUUAAUAUGGUCACUGUUUCUUAUCCAGACCCUAACUUUCUAGUAGUUUAUUUUGCUACCCCAGAUUUCUGCUUAACCAGAUAUAAGGGAGUUUCAGAGGGGUUGUCUUAGCUGUUACCUAGAUUAUCUUAGGAAAUGAACUGUAAUUGUCAGUCUCCUAAAAUCAAUUUUUUUUUUUUUUUUUUUUUUUUUUUUUUUUUGAGGCUGAAUCUUGCUCUUGUUGCCCAGGAUGGAGUAUAAUGGCACAAUCUUGGCUCAUCGCAACCUCCGCCUCCAGGGUUCAAGCGAUUCUCCUGCUUCAGCCUCCCAAGUAGCUGGGAUUACAGGCAUGAACAACCACGCCCAGCUAAUUUUGUAUUUUUAGUAGAGACGGGGUUUCUCCAUUUUGGUCAGGCUGGUCUCGAACUCCCGACCUCAGGUGAUCCGCCUGCCUUGGCCUCCCGAAGUGCUGGGAUUUACAGGCAUGAGCCACCAUGCCCGGCCAAAAUAAAAUGUUUUUAUCUUUCUUCACUUAGAACUAUGAAGGGCUUUUCUUGCUCUGGUAAUCCCCCACAGUGUAAUUGGUGCUGAAAAUAGCUUUGUGCCUGAGGUCUGUUUUCACUCACUCACUUUCUGACCAUUAGGUGAGCCACUUCAGGAUUUUCUAGCCUGAAGUUAUAAAAACUUGGCAUCUGUCCUUAGAUAAUUGUAAAGGCAAAAUGAAAGCAUUGAGGUGAAUUUAGGUUAUAUGGCAUUUAUAUGGUAAUGUGUUUCAGAAAAGCUAGAAUGAAAAUAUGAUGUAAGGGAUGGCAAGUAUAGGUUGAUUCAUAAUUCUUGGUAUAAAAGCAAGUUUUCCUUAGUCUUGAGGAAUUUGAAGAAAGGUAAAAUGUUGGAUUUUAGGCAAAGUAGGAUUGACCAGAGACUGUUCUGACUUUGACAUUCAGACGUUUCAGACGUUCUUCCUUUAGACCAGUCCAAGACACUCACCAUUUCCAGCCAAGUUGUCUUUUUUUUUCUGCCAAUAAAGUAUUCAUUAGUUGACAUUUGUUUGUAUUUUAAGUAAAGUCAAUUUUUUUAAAACAUUAAUUUAAUUCAUAGGUAUGCCUUUCAUUUCUCUGGCCUUCAGUUGGUUUAAAAAAAAAAAAAAAAAAAAGCACUUAGCCAGACCAUUCUUUCUUUAGUAAACAUUUUUAUUUUCUUAAUUUUUCCUGCAAGAUUUCCUCCAUUUUCAUGGAAUGUCAUAAUGACAUUACCAUUAUUUUCUAGCUCUUUUCAUCAUAGAAAAAUGUAGAGCAGUGCACCAUUUAAACAUGUCUGACAUUAGAUUUAGUGGUCCUGGGUUCAUGUGAUUUGGGAGCUUUAAGUUGUCAUUUAGAUUGAUGAUUCAACCUGACUCACCAUCUUUUUUACUACAAUUCUACAUGAAUGUGGUGAAACAGGUAGAAGAAAAUUAAGCAUUUCUCUGCUUUUGGAGUCUAAUGUUCCUGCCAAGUGACUGGUUUGUAACACCCCCCUCACCCCCACUUUGUUAGGAACCUGCAAUUCCUAAAAGAAAGAAAUAAAGCUGUAUACAAUGUCCAUUCGUUAAUGCUUGCCUGGUUGAAUAAUGUUUGUUUUUUCUGUUUAUGUAAGUAGUACAUGCUUAUUGCGGAAAAUUUAGACAAUACAGAAAAGUAUAACAAUUGCCUAUAAUUCUGUCACCAGAAAAAAAAUCAAAAAAAAUCACUUGAUAUUUUUGCAUAUUCGUUGCCAGUGUCUUUGCUACUUCUGUAUAUUUUUACAUAGUUUCAUCAUUCUCAGUGUAAUUUGUAUCUUGGGGUUUUUCCCCUCAAUCUACAAGCAUUAUUCCAUGUCAUUAAAAACUGUGUCAACUAUUA